AAGCUCCAAUAAGUGUGUGUCGUUUGUUUCUUUUCUAAUCGCGACCUGAGUGUGAGAUGAUAUCGUUAUCUGUUGCCUUUAUUUUGUUUUUACCAACAAUGUAUGAUGAUGCAGUCUUUGCUCUACUGCAACCUAGAUUUAAUUUGGGUAAUCCUUCCUUAAUACAUGUCAUCAAGAAGAAUUUUUGGUGCCUAAAAAUGCUAUUUAAAUUUAGAAAAUCAUCCAGUAUUGAAUUUAGUGUUCCAAGCAGCAGUGCAUCUCUUAUUGUCGUUUUCUUGCUUUCGUUAGGGAGAGCGGCCAGGUCACGAUGUGAUUUCAAACAAUUUUGUCUUGUAAAUUGCCCACGUCAAAGAAAACGGAUUGCAUUGACCCAGUUGUCGAGCAUCAGUGUUUGUGGUCUGAAGAGAAGAAGACUGUUACAGAGUUGGGUUCAUUUAGAAGCAAGCGUUACUUUUGUUUCCUUACCUAUUGCUCAUCGCGCCAUUCUAGUCAUCACCGCUGCUAAAGCUUACACGAUGUCUUUUGCCGACCAACCAAAAAAUAGCGAGUACGAAAAAGAGCAACAGUUGGAUACAUCAGGACGAGUAGAUAAUACGAGUGCAAAACGAACACCAGUAAAGAGUUUUGCAAACGCUUCUUCCGUUCAUACCGCACCACUACUCGUAGAAAGUGACCCAUGUGAGUUGAGAGUUGUUGAAAACGACGAUAAUAACAACGAACAGAGCCUUGGUGCUAAACGAGAAUCAACUCACAACAAACGUCGUUCCAAGAAAAAACCUCCUCCUUUACAGCUUUCAAAUCCAAACUUGUUUCUAUCGUCUCAUCAUUAUGAGGCAUUGGGAACUUUUGAGGUUCGUAUGCCAACGGAUGUCCAACAACGCGAAAAGGGUUCUCAAAUAUGUUCCAACUCUUGUAUUUCACCACAAGAGCUUUUAACAGAGUUUGAGUGGGAUAAUCGUGUUUUCAGCAUCACGCAUCACGGUAUUCGUCUGUCUAGCAAUGUGACUUGUUUCGAAGAGCUACGUUUUGCAACAUCCAAUCCACAAAAACAGCACAAUAAGGUAGUUUCUUCAAAAUGGGGAAGACCAUCGACACAAGAUGUCAUGGAGAAUAAUUUAUGUGAAUCUUUACAACAACAACUUGUGAUAACAGACGAAACCAAUCACUCAUCCGUCAUUGGUGAAGUUUUAUUUUCUCCUGUUGUUCAGAAAAUGAUUGGUCAUGUUUCCUGUUUGGAACAGCCAUCGGUACAGAAGAACUGGAGUCCGUCGUUGGAAGAUCCUACGAGAGAAUGUAAUUUGUCAGAUUUUAGUUUAUGUACCAAUACCAAUCCCAAUAGUGGAUAUAAAACACAAGAUGCCUUUUUUGAUAGUCACUUACAAUAUUCGCAAACAGAAGCAGAGUAUCCGAUGAUGGAAGGAACCAAAAGGAUUAUUGCGAAUGACGAAGGCAGCAGUUGUAUGACUCCCAAAGACUGGAUCGAUGAACAUUAUUGUCCAUUUCCAUUUCAUUCUUUAAAGCUUCAAGGCACUAUUGGAAUUGGCAGAACUUGUACUGUUUACAAAGCACGUCGUAAAGAAUAUCCAGAUAGCGAAAUUGCUGUGAAAGUGAUAGAAGUGGUUACUUCUCAUGCUCAACGCAAAUCUCUUUUGAAAGAAUUGCGAGUAUUAUUUUAUACGUACUUUCAUCCUCAUCCCAAUAUUGUUGAGUUUUAUGGUGCGUGUUUUUUAGAUGGUCAAGUAUUUAUCGGAUUGGAGUAUAUGCCAAUGGGUACUUUGAGACAUAUCUUGAGUUUGAAGAAGCAAGUGGAUGAGAACUUUGCACGAAGUGUUGCCUUUCAAAUGGUUUGUGCGUUGGACUAUUUACAUGGAGAAAUACGGUGUAUUCAUCGAGAUAUCAAACCUGGCAAUAUUCUGUUUGGUACUCAAGGCCAAGUGAAACUAUGCGAUUUCGGUUUGGCGAGUAAAGGAUUUUCUUCCAAAGGCUGUCAUCGAUGUAAGAAACAUACAUUUGUUGGAACUACAUUGUAUAUGGCACCUGAAAUGUUACGAGGAGAAGCCUACGAUACCAAAAUUGAUAUUUGGAGUUUAGGAAUGACGAUAAGAGAGUCUUUAGGUGGUUGUCAUCCAUUUCGUUCUAUUUUAGAAGAAAGUACUUCGGAAUUGGAUCUCUUUCUUCGGUUAGAAGCAGCUGAAGUAGCCGAAGGAUGUUCUUUUUCAUUCAAUAAGGAAGAAUGGAAGAUUCCUGUAACUAUCAACCAAAUGCAAGGACAAGAUACGGACUUGAGUAUAGCAGGUAGAGACUUUUUGAUAAAGUGUCUAGAAUUGAAAGCAGAUGAUCGUCCAAGUGCGCAAGAACUUUUACAACAUCCUUGGUUUGAUACAAUAAGAAAGGAAGCUUUGGAUAUUUUGAAUAGCGAUCAUGUGGAAUGGAAAGAUUUACAAGUUGCCAUGAGAAGAGUAGCUCAAUGCAGAAUAGUCGAGGCACUGGAUUGGCAACAAGUGCGGCAUCAUUCAAAAGAAAGAAGUCCCAUUCUUUGGAGUACUUGAGUUACUUUCAUGGAUAACCCUAUAUU